GGGAAGUUGUAGUUCUUUACAGCGGACGCACUUCUGUAGUGCUUAUUAUCGACUAAUAUGAAUUAAACUACACGUCCCGACGUCACGGUACGGGCUCCUGUAAUUGUUGUGAAUAUGUAAUUGCGCUCGUGCGACUGGUUGCUUCUAAAUUUGGCUUCGGAUGGGCAGGAUGAUACAGUCAGUGAGGUGGUCGCUCCGCCGGCGCUGUGCGGAGAUGUGAACAUUAACAGAAGCUGUAGGAAAUUAAGCGAUAAAUGCGUGACGACAGGACGACGUGGAGGAGCACAGCCGCGGAGCAGAGGGGUCAUGAUGCGCCACAAGUCGAUGUUUUUUGGGGAAAAGCAGACUAAUUAGAGGAUACGCUGUUAGUUUGAAGGGAGGAUGUUUGGCUGUGAGCGCUUGAAUUAACGCGCCGGAUAUUUGGAGAAGACUGAGACAACUCUCGCUUUUAUUGUCACUCUGAAUGGACUUUAAAAAUACUGCCUGAAAGAAUGACGGCCAACAAAAGGUUCGGGGAUGUUUCCACUCUUCACGGCACCUGCACGUAGCCUCCAAACCGACCACUGACUCACCUUUUACGCACGAGGAGAACUCCUUUUGCCCGCAUUUUGAGGUUGUUUUGUGUUGAUUUGGAUGAACUUUAUAACGCAUUUCAAAUGAUCCGAGAUCUGAGUAAGAUGUACCCGCCGGCCCGGCAUCCGGUAAGUAGACGGCAGAAAGCCAAUGUGUCAAAACAGCGCAGAUUAACAGCCGCGCGCCUGAUGCGUAAUCAGUUUAGAUCAAGUUUCCGUGCCACCGCGCGCUCUCUCGGACAAUUGCGCUCAUUGUCACACAGCUACAGCUGCAUGUGUGUGUGUCUGUGAGUGUGCGUGGGUUAACGUGUAAGGAGUCUGAGUGCAUCCAAAAGGCCGUCCGUAUCACAGAGGCCCUUUGUCAUUUACAGUCUCGCCUGUGUGUGUGAUGAAAAAAAAAAAGAAUGUGUGUAUCGUGACAGUGAACUUUGGUGGCUCAGUUCUUCCUCUCUUCCUCCCCUCACACACGCUCUCUGGUUUGGGUUGAGGUCCCCCACCAGCCGGGUCAGCCGUUAAAGUUCACUGUCUCCGAGUCCUGCGACCGGAUAAAGGAGGAGUUCCACUUCCUGCAGGCGCAGUAUCACAGGUAAGAGUUUGGAUGGAGCAGGACAUUAAAAAUGGAUGGAAACAUCUGCUCAGCAGCGAAGAGUGACAAAAAUAGGGUGAAACUUCUGCAUUUGGGUGGGGAGAUUUUUAGAUUCCACUCUUAGAUAUUCAGGGUUCACAUUAGAGCUGCAAACCGUGAACUGAUUUAUCAUUUGUAAUGGAAAUUUUUCACAGUUUUAUGACACCAGUGAUAAGGCAAGGAAAUAUUAGGAGUAAUAUAUCCCAGUUGCAGCUGGAGUUCAUAUUAAAUAUAUAAAUAUAUACACACAAAAGGGUUACUUCUGUGAUGUUCACCUGCCUUGUUUGAAUCACACCAUGACCAGCACCUUUUGGGAAAUACAUGAUGCAAUGAGAUGAAAUCCAGGGAAAAGGUGAUGUAUGUUUAAGAAUUAAUGGAGAAAUUUAAACAUUGUUGGUUCAAAAGUGUCCAAAUAUCAACCAGGAGAUGCUGUGAAAUGAUCUGCUUUAAAGCGUUCACAGAGCUGCAGGUAUUUGUCUGAGCUCCCGCUAUCUCUGGUGCCUAACUGCAGGUAAACCCCAUCAACUUUGGUAUGCACGUCUCUCUCUGCGAGCUCAAGUGGUGUGAAAUACUUUUUUAGCCGACAUGAUGAAGUGUGAAAUACAUCGCUCGGGGGCAGAACCAUAAGCAUGAUACCAAUGCAUAAUAAUGGGCCCACCCCUGGCCGCCCUGUAAUUAUUCCCCAAUCACCUGGUGAGAUGAACCAGCAGCUCAGUCUGCUGCCCAAACCUGGAUCUGAAUGAGCUGUAUGGAGGAUAGCGUCUGAUGCAUGUGCAAUACUGUGAUCAAAUUGCUGCACGCCUGUGAAAUCCUGGCUGCAAGAAGACUCUGAUUUGCUAAUAACCUCUGGAUGUACAAACUGCAUGUGUAACAUAAAUAUUAUUAUUUUAACAUUAAUCAGGAGGCAUUGGAUUUAAAUAUGUAAAAUGAUCAACUCUACAGUCAUGUUUGCUUAAAUUCUAACAAUUACAAAAAGCUCUGUGUCUGACAAAUCUCACCUCUCCAUUGUUGUCUAUUUCACCUCUUUGCUUCUUUUGGAGGACAGUGUGAUUUGACUUUUGAGGAUAUCCAGUUUUAUUAGUUGAUUGAAACAACCUGAAGUUGUAAAAAUGCAGCAUUAUGUGGCAUAACAUAGGCCUGCAGAUGGAUUUCUAGUGUUUUAAUCUUUUAGUGCCGCAACUGCAAAUUCUAAAAGUGACAUUUCUGUACCAUGCAAAAUCUCCCCCUCGGUUUGUAUUUACAGCGUCUCCAUUUGCAAAGUUGUGUACUUGCAGAGUUGCUCAGAUAAUGUACAAAUGCCCAAGAGUUCUGUCGAAGCUUUCCAGUAACACACAGUAUUUUAAAGAGUUAAGUUUUAGUGUAACCACAGCUGUAAAAUGGAUCCCCAUGAUAUGGUCUCUUUUUUGUUGAUGGUGCAGUUUGAGCAUCCACUCACACUGUAAGAAUAUAUGAUGAGGUUUGUGUGGUCUUAUUGAUCCAUUAAUUACAGCUCGGUACCUGCUGAGUAAGUGUCUGUAGGGGAAGCUGCUGUGACCCCAGAAACUUUCUAUGUUCUGUCUUUAUUUCUUCCUUCCACUCAAGUUUAAAUAUGCACAUCUAACAUAACAGGAUGUAGUCAUUUGCAGUCAUGGUGUUCAGCAAGUGGUGUCUCGGUUUCAUUUUUAUUGAAAUCAUAGAUGAUGCCAGUUGUUAUGUGUGUGUGUUGUGUGUGUACAUAUGCAGGAUGCUUCUGCAAGGACUCGAUCAUGUCUUGCACUAACAUCACAUUUUCUGUUCACAGUUUAAAACUGGAGUGUGAGAAACUGGCCAGUGAGAAAACUGAAAUGCAGAGGCACUAUGUAAUGGUGAGUUUCAUUAACCACGACAGAGAGUGAGUGUGUAUAUGCGUGUGUAUGUGUUUGCAUGAAUGCGUUUGCAGUUUUGGUUUGUGCAAAAAGAGGAACAGAGAUUGCACGUCUGUCUGACCUUGCUUUGAUCUCUGUCUUUUUUCAGUACUACGAAAUGUCAUAUGGGCUGAACAUCGAGAUGCACAAGCAGGUGGGACACAUUUUAUUUCUUGAAUGUCAGAAAGAAGUAAAACUAAGUUAGACCACAGUUGAGUACAUGGAUGCGUCAGAGGUUUUCUGAUAGUUGAUCACACUCCAGUGAGUUUUAAUGGUUUUUAAACAAACAGAAAGAAAUGGCACUUACUAUGAGAACACUAGAAAAUUCUUACAGGCAGGAGGACAUGGAAUCAGUUAUCUACUGUCAAGAGUGUGUUAAAUUUUAACACUUAUUCGUCAAAAGUGCCCCGGUAUGUUUGAACCACACUAAUCAGCAUCAAUGAAAAUGCUGCAAACUCCUCUGCCUGAAUAGUUUUUUAAAUCAUAUCAAACAUGAGAAACUUUUUUCAGCGCUGUGGAGUUUCUUCUUACCAAUAAUUUAUAUGUCAGACACCUUAAUGCAGUAAUGUUGGCUUGUUUUUAUGAGGAAAGAUAGUUCAUACUACCUUUGUCAGUGCAGCACAGCCUCUUAGUAUAUACAUUUAUUUACAGCUAAUAUGUUGGAAGGCAGCAAAAUUCACAUUAAUGCAAAAUUUUUAAUUUUCUACCAAUUGAUGCUGAAGAGAACCAGGAAGCCACAAAAUGUAAAUAUUGAACAUUUUACUUUGAUGGUAGCUUGUGGAAUUUGCUGCAAUAUUUUCUGAUGACCUUGUAAUACAGGGUCUACUAACAGAAGUGUGACUUUUAAGCACAAUGCAAUAGGCUAAGCUCAAUGUGCUUUAUGCUGAGGAUAAAUACAUUAAAAACGUACAGUUGUGGAUAGCAUACAAACCAAAUCAUUCAAACACACAGCCUAGAACCAUCAGAUUCACCGCAGACCUAUCAAACAUCAAAAGCAUGAGAAAAAGUGAAACCCAGAAAAGCUCUAUCAUACUUGCUAACAACCACAUAUAAGUCCUCAUAUUAACACACUCACAGAGAAACUGCCCGUGCGCUUUUGGAAACAGAGGUUUUCAGUUCAGUUUUAAAAAGCAGAAAUAGAAGUGAUGGUCGUCAGGUCUGCAUGCAGUCUGUUUGAGAGAGGAGAACCACAGCUGCUGAACGCCUCUUUACUGCCCUCUCACUUUGAUGGUAAAGGGUCAAAGACUUCCACCUUAAGACCUUGGGAGUCAGACAUAGUGACUUUAGCGUGUUAAAAUACUUUUAUUGUUAAGUUUGAUAUAAAAAGUUAGCAGUGAUCUGACAUUGUUUACAUUCAACAGAAGCGCCAUUUUUCUCUUAUCUUCAUCAAGGUGGUUUUGUUGUAUGCAAACUCCAGCUUGAAAGUCUAACAUGACAAAUUAAAUUCCAGAGGUAACCCUCCAGUAAAAACAACACUAACAGGGUUAUAAGCUUACAACAAAUCAUAAACCAAAUUGCAAAAAAGAAUAUAUAUAUAUGGGCCAUCGAUUUAGGAAAGCAUUAAAGGGAUACACAAACGUGAUUUCUGAGAGACAGGGGAGGUCAGAUGGGACUUGAAAACAAGGUCAAAAGUGCAACACAGAAAACAUUUUUAUUCAGAUGAUAAGGAGAGUCUUCGAUGCAGCUGAGACUCGAAUGUUAUGGAAAUGAGUCCAGAAUGCAUGUAAGAGGUGAUAGAUUUUGUGGUGGAGUUGUGAUAUUUUUUACAGGAUGUAAAAGCAGCAGUCUGGUCGUCUUGGUGAGGCCCAGUUUGACUAAUGAUGUCAUCGCUUUAAUUGAAGGAGAAAACGGCUGAAAAACGAGCGGACUGAACGAGGCUUUGGCCUUUAACGAGCCUUUACAUUACUGCUGCCUUUUUUAAACACGCAGGGUCAUUAGCAUAAAUGUCUGUGUUAACCACACAUGAGCUGCCAGGCUAAAUGGGCCACAGCUAAAGCCGCUCCACACUCAUUUCCAGACAAAUGGUGUGUGCAGCGUGUGUGUGCCAGCAUGUGUGUACGUGGAACAGGAAGUGAUAAAUGGUUGGCUUGUGUGUUGCUGUGUGUAGUAUUUUCUGGUUGUGUGUAUGUAUAGUGUGUGUUUAUGUCAGUGUGUGUAUGACAGUCUGUAUGUAUACUCUACAUGUUUACUUAGCAUGCUGUGUGUGUUUGUCUGUAUGCACACUGUGGUUGUUUAUUUAGUUUUGUGUGUAGUAUUUGUGUGUAGGUGCUCAUAUAGUAUAUAUGUUUACUUUGGGGUGUGCGUGUGUGUGUGCUGUACUUCUGUUGAAGUGUGUGUGUGUGUGUGUGUGUGUGUGUGUGUGUUGAACACACAUGCAGUGUUCUUUUGGCAAACUAAUCAGGCUUGUAUGAUAAGAUAUAAAUCCUGCUGUCCUCUUCUUUAACUGCUGCUCUGGAUGUGUGUGUGUGUGUGUGUGUGUGUGUGUGUGUGUGUGUGUGUGUGUGUGUGUGUGUGUGUGUGUGUGUGAGUUUGCAAUAGCAGAAAAAAUAAAAAGAAGUGAAAUGUGGCCCGUGGCUCUGUGUGGUGCCCAAUGAUUUCUGUCAGGAAACAGUUUUGGAGCCUGAAUCUCUAAUUUCUGCCAGCAGUUUGUGUGUUUGCGUGUGUGUGUGUGUGUGUGUGUGUGUGUUUGUGUUUUUGUGUUUGUGUGUGUGAGAGAGGGAUAUUGGGCAAAUGAUUUUCAUUUGCAGGCUGUGUUUGUGUGCUCCAGUGUGCCAGCGUGCAUGAGCGUUAAUGUGUGUCUUUAGUCUACAGCAUUCAAUAUGAUGACACGACGUGUGGGGCUCUUUGGAUGCUGAGAUUGAAGGUGGGGGGUGGUGCUAGCAGAGUCCGUGAUGGUGGAGGGGAUGUUUUCAGGGGUGUCGAGCUCCAGCCCCAUUAAGGCCGGCGGCCUCAGCUACCAAGUGUAUUGCUGAUAUUGCUUGUUUAGCAUUUUCUGAGGGUAAUAAGCCCAUUGAUUUUUGGCUCUGCUCUCUGUUUUAUUUACACAGAAGGGCUCUGGUGCCCUCGUUAAAGAGAAAUUGACUCGUAGAUGGAAGAGAGGAGUAGCGGGGAGGUAGAGAAGGGGAGGAGGGAGAAGAGUACGAGGGGUGUAGAGCAUAGGACCGAGGAGCACGAGGACAGCUAAUCAAUUGCAAAUUAGUGAGGCUGAAAGAGAAAUAAAGCAAGCGGAGGAUGGGGAGUGAAAGGGGAAGGAGGAGGGAAGGGAAGGUGGUGAAAGGCGGAAGUAAUGAGACGUUUUGAUACUGAAGACUGGCAGUGUUUUCAACAAGCUCUGACAAGUCAUUUUAUUCCAGCCCAGAGGGAGCCAUUUGUUUUCGAUGAUGGAUUCUGUUCACGUAAUUUUUUAUCCCGCAUUUUUAGAUUUGGAUUGACCUCCAGAAAAUGCACUUAGAGUAAAAUGAAGAGCACACUGGCACCAAAAAUGACAAUAAAUUAGAUUUUAAGUGGCAGUUCAUUUAUGGAUAUUUUCCCUAUUUUCGUGCAAAAGUUUUGAAAAAUCUUUGGAUUUAGGUUUUGCUUUAAAUUCCACUUUUGAAGCUGUUAAAAAGAUUGAAAAAUGUUUUCAAAGAUUUUUCAAAAGUUUCCAACAUGUGGUUCACAACCUCAAAACGUGGUCACAGAUUGACUCUGAGUGGUCCCAAAAUGAGUCGAGGAAUAGUUAGAGGUUGAAGUCAAGGGGGAUUUUUUAGUUUCCAUGCUGAUGAUAGGACUGUGGGAGAAAGCAGGAACCAGUUAAGAGUAGGGUUCGAGAUUGGGUCUCAGGCCUCCUACUUCAAGAACUGAAGCUACUGUACCUGGUAUCAGAUAUAUCCAAGCAUCAGACAGCAAAAUAGCUAUUUCUAAAACCUUUAAAGCACAGGUGAUGGGAGAAGGAGCAAAACACCACUCCUUAAACAUGAGUGGUGUAAUAGUGCAUCUCAAGAAUUUUCAUCUUGCAUACCAAAUGUUUCUAAAAAUUCGGAAAGAAAUAGAGUACCUGCAAAAACCUGUCUGCAGCCUCUCAUUCAGAUAAGCUGAGGAAUAAAGCAUUGACCAUCCACUGGCAAAGGGGCUUUACAAGACAAUCACUAACUUUGUUGCUCUUGAUAACCAGCAUGUUAACAUGGUGGGAAAUGCAAAGUCAGGAUGGAAAUAGUGAAAAUGAGUUUGAAAAUAUCUCAAUUUUAGAUAUAUGCAGAUAUUCCAAUACUGUUCAUUCAUAGAACAUAGUGUGCUGUUAAACAGUUUCAGAAUCAAGGAAAUAGAAAAUAGAGAAUAUAAGAGUUACAUACACUUGGAAGAGUUGCAUUCAUGUCUUAAAAGCUGAAAAAUGAAAAAUGAACACUUUAGCCUAAAUUAGGAUAAGAACUGACUACAAUAAAGGGAACCACAUCUUCGAUUUAUUUGACAUGUGUUUAGAUCUUAUCCCUUGACUCCUGUCCUGUUUGUUAACAUGGAGGAGAUGGACUCAAUGACCUUAACUGCAGCCAGUCGCCAGGUGAGCUUUAAACAUUUUGGCUUCACUUCUGGGGAGCGUCAUCAUGUCAUAUAUCUUUCUAUUAAGGCUAUAAUUGUAAUCCUGUUAAAAGAAACUGAUUUGUUAUUUUUUUAGACUUAAUAGAAGUGCCAAAGUACUGAAAAGAGGACAGUCUUAACUCAAAGCAUCAGUUUAGUGUCGAGAGCAGAACAAUUUGUUGCCAGUCUGAAUAUCACCCUUUGUUUUUGUUCCUCCCAUCUCUUUUUACCUAUCUAGCCAUGUCUUUCACACACCUACUCACACACACAGUCACAGGGGAAAACAGCUUUUAUAUGGCGGGGUCCAUUAGGUGUAUUAGCCGGUGGUGAAAAGUGGUGCUGAUGUGGUGCUUACAAAGCUCCACAGGGGAGAUGGACAUUUGAUCUUCUAUCUGACCCAAUCUGACUCCAGGGCUCCUGCCUGAUCUAAUUUCUUUGUUGUUAGGAGCUAAAGUGGGAGUAUUUCAGCUGUUAUUUUUCUCUUAUGGGCAACAUCUUUUGUGAUAGGAGGUAAUUUCUGGGGGCACUAGCUUACCGUCUUAUUAUAGCAAAGACAGUACUGAAAUCCAAGGAGGCUUUCUCAGGUAAAUAAUGAGAGUAAAAUCCCUGGAAAAUCCCUCUAUAGAUGCUUUUUAGAUAGUGCAUGUGAGGGUAACAGAUGACUCAGACGGAUCACUCCAUUUACACUGCGCUGUUGACCUGAUGUAAAGGCUAAAAGUCAGAAAUAAAAUAAAAGAAGCCUCAUGUUGUUCAGAUACCACCCACUGUUUUUUCUCUCUUUUUUUUUUUCACUGUAGGAACAUUUUUCAGUGACUCAGAUUGAGAGUCAAAGAUAAAUUCAGCACACAUGAUCUGACCCGAGGUUACUCAGCUUUGUGUGACCACAGACUUCUCUAAUCUACCAAUAAGCUCCAUGGAUCGACCAGGUUAGAGUCCUAACCUUAGAGGACUCUCCCACCAGUCUUUUCUUAUGUUUUAUUCACUGUCAAGACGGUGACAGGUCCAGGUCAAAGCAGAGGUCCGCUUGCUGCAGAAACAAAUUUUUCAGGUUUGCACUAGCGGCGGGACACGUCUUAAGAAAGAAAAGGAGAGUUGUUUUUUUUCUGCUUUGGUUUCUGCUGCAUGAACAAAUGCGUUGUCCAAACAGGCUGACACCCCAGCACCCCGGCAGACAGACAUGGUUGUCUGUCAAUGAUGUAAAAUGUCACCUGAAAUUGGUUGUGUUGCCUCAUGGAAAAGCAUCUCCAUUUCCUUUUCUGCUCCAGUGCUUUUGUUUCCAUUUCAGUGCCAACAUCUCAGGUUCCACUCCUCAAAAAUUGAUUGGUGUCUGAUCUGGCAGUCGUCAAAUUUUAAGAGUGACAAAACUGCGUCAAAAAUAAAGCCUUUAAAAUUCUACAGUAACGUAUAAGUGGUUUUAUCCGUCUAAGUGUAUUUAUUAAUGAUGAUUGUCGUAACAAGUAAUAUCCUCAAUUUACUGAAUUUCUUUCUUUAAAUGAAACAAAAUGCUGUAAUAAUGGGCCUUUUAACAUUGGUGUUAAUGGGACCUCUGUAGUCUUCAGAGCAAGCCCCAAGUGGACACUUGUGGAACAGCAGUUUUUUGUACUUCUGUACUGGCUCCAUUUUUCAUUGCUCAAAGUUGCUGCCUGCAUUUCACUUAAAAACGAGACCGCAUUUCUUACAAAUGACUAAUGGACGGAUUAACUGAUUGCGUCAAGUCUAUAAACCUAAUCAACAUUAAACAAAUCCAUCAACCUGCACUUAGACCCCCCAAUAAUUUCCAUAAUUUUUAUCAUAUGAAGUUGGAAUAGAUUUGCUGCAUUGUUCGGUCAUUUUAGCCCAAACUGAUUUAAAAAGUCAGCACAGAUUUGCAGCUAAAUAAAAGUAAUAAUGAGCUGUAAAUGGAAGAACGUAGAAAGUGCUGCUGGAAGUUAAAACGAAAGAAAUAAAAACAUAUUUAAAAAUCAAUUGCAUAAAGUGCAAAGCUGGAGAAUAGGCACCCUAACAGCAAAGUGGCUUUAGGCAACAGCAGUGCCUGCAAGAAUGAUCAGUUAGCCAUACCAAAAGGUUUUGUUGCAUGCAUUCACCCAAACAUCUCUCUCCUUCUAUCCUGUCAGCUACCUUCCAUCUGCUCUCUAGUACAAAUGCAUCAAUGUACUUUAAAAUCAAAAUAAACACUUGAAGAGCUCACAUUUGGCAAAAAAAGGAAGGACUGGUAUGGUCCAUGGAACAUUUUUGAUAGAUGUUGGUGUUGCAACUUCAGCCCUGCCUUGCAGCCCUCUCUAGCCCAAGUGGAUGUGGCAACGUCUCUCCCUGCCUGAUCAUAGCUGUCUGCCACCCAUUCACUCUCUCCUUGAACAUUUAUUUCCUUAUGCCAGACCAGAAGCAGCAGCUCUUUUAUUCAUACGCUUCUUGAGCUGAAACUAGGUCUGGUGUUAGUGGAGGGUCACCAGCUCAUUUCCCAGCUGUAUAAUACCAGACCAAACUUCCUUCCCCAACAGUAAUACUUAGGUGCCCUUGAGCAAGGCACUUAAACCUCAGCCAGCCAACACAGUGGAGUUUUCUCAGAGGCUAAUAUGUACUGGGCAGCUCCCCGGUGAGCAUGAAUGUGAAGCAGAACCGAGCUGAAAAAGGGCAUGUGUGCACAGCAAGUCUGCCCAGGAUAAACGUUAAAUAUAAAAUGAAAAUGUCAGUGUUUUAGGUUGUCUGUGGGAGUUUGAGCUCUGCAGCUCUGUGUUAAUCAGAGGUAGGUCGAAAUUUAGCGCUUCCCUGACUUCUACAUCUCCUUUACACUAAAUAGUCCUGUCACUAUUCUUGACGCUUAGACAUCCUGAAAACAUACUCAUACUCACAACAUACUCAUGAUCUCUAACUCUGGUGUUGGGAAAGAGUGAUUGUCGCUCUUUACUACUAUUUGAGUCUGAGAGGGCCAUUAUCAAACCAUAUCCUCUAGGGGUGGUAGAAACAAUCGAUACAGGAUAGAAUCGCGAUAUUUUGUUCGAUGAUAUAUCGUAUCUUCUCAUUUACCAAGUAUCGAUUUUUCAAAUUAAUUGUUAAUAUGAAGUCAAAUUUAUGAUCAUGGAAAAAUAAAAUAUAACUGUUUAUCCAGUGAGGUUGUCAGAGGUGACAUCAUAGAGCAGGAGAGAGUUAGUACAACAAAUAUAUACAGUAUAAGGUUUGCAAGAUGUGCUACAUGAAAAUAAAAUAUAGCGUAAAUAAGGCAAACAUAAGGAAAAGCCUAAUGCUAAAUUAGCUAAACAGUUAAAAAAAUUAUAUAAAUCGCAAUAUAUUGUAUUGCAAUACUCACUGUAUUGCAAAAUGUUAAAAAUCGCAAUAAUAACGUAUCAUGGCCCAAGUAUUGUGAUAAUAUGGUAUUGUGGGGCCGCUGGUGAUUCCCACCCUUAAUAUCCUCCAAACCCACUGUGGAAGAGGACCUGCGAAAUUCCUUUUCCAUGUGCUGCCCCUGUCUGAAGUCCUAGCAACUCAAGAAGUGAGAUUAGAACUGAUGUUGACACGCCAAAUUCAGGAGGGGAUUCAUGGCAAUACUAAGAAGCAGGUUUCUGUUUUGAAAAGACACGAUUAUGAAUAUCGGAGGUGAAGUGAUUCUUGAAAUUCAAUAAUACAGCUGAGAGUUUUCCUCUGUUGGGCCCAAAUGAAUCUCUCUGGAGAAAAGACUGUUUUAUAAAGGUAUGUAUGUUUGUUGUAGUCUUAGAAAUGAAAAAGGUGAACCACAUCCCUGUGUGUGAUUAAGUGUGUUUGUAUGAGUCUGUGUCUUUUGUCUCUGUUUGUCUUUGGAUUUGAGUUAAACUACUAGCACUCCCUUUGGGACAGUGGAUCAGGCAAUUUCCUGUUUAAAAAAAAAAAUCCUACCUGAUGUGGAGAGUGAGAGAGUGCGGUAUAAUCUUUAAAGCCAACCCUAGGGUUCAGUAAAUACAUCUGAUGAAUACAGAGAAGGCUGUGGAAGUGUGUAUGUGCUUGUUUCUGUGUGCACACACAGCAGUGUUUAUGUGAGGCAUUCUGCAUCCAGUGUUGCUCCUGCUCCUGUCUGAAGGGUCUGUAUCUGUAGCUCUGCUCCUGUAGCCUCUGGGGUCGUCUGUUAGCACUGAUACCGGAGCGAUGUUCACCUCUGUGAAGGUUAUUUACAAACAAGCCCUCGCCAAGGUUAGGUUAGAGAUGUGACUUCUACCUUGUUGGUUGUUUUUUCCUUUGGCUUUCUUUCACUAAUUGAGUUGGCAAAAAUCUCAAACUAGACUUGUUUUAACAGUUCCUGCAGUAAAAAUUCCGCUCCUGUAUACUUCACAUGAUCAAGAUGACUCCAAGGUUGAUGAAAGCUGGUUUGUUAUUGACAUUCGCUAUUGAUACUGACUUGUGCUCAUGGAGAAUAGGAGUAGAAGAAGCAAGAGGAUAAGUGGAAGAGCUUAGUUCAGGCUAGUCCACUUAGCUUUGUGUACAGAAUGGAAUUACAAAAUACAAUUCAAUCAAUUCAGUCAUUCAUGGUGAUUGUCAAGAAUGUCUUUAUCAGUUUGAUAUGAAAGACAGAAAAACAGUUUUACAAUUAUAAAGCAAAAAAUAGCCUCUCCUCUGGCUUCCUGUAGUUUCUAUUAGGUUUCUAUCCACUUGUAAAGAAACGCACUUCUUUGCCAUUAGAGUAUAUUAUUGUACAGUAAGGAUGUACUCCACCUUUUGCCCAAUGACCUGCAACCCUGGUAUCAACAGCACAAUCAUGGCUGUUAUCGAAUGAAAGUUGUUUUGUUAGAGAAGCUAAACUGCAGCAUUACUCCAGAUUUGAGAUGCAAUCCUCAGAUAUUUGGCCUUUUUGUCAAUGGUCAAAGAAGCUGCUCUAAAUUGUUUCAGCAGUAUCUCUACCUAGAAAAUCACCUCAGCUCGUAAUGUGUGGCUCAGUCACUCGAGCUGAGAUUUAAGCUCCUUCUCUUGGCUCAAGUGUAAUUAGUUCAGGAGUAUUUAGGGCUCGAUUACAACAGAAAAUCUGCUUUUCUGUUAGUCAGACUAAUUAGUUUCUUACUGUUUUGCUGUUAUUGUACCUCAUUCCUCUGUUGUUUACUCUCCGUACAAAGAUUGUGGUCUUUAACUUUCUUCUUUACUUGCAUUUUUCCGCUGAGGGAGUUUAAAUAUCUGGAUCAUGAAUCCACUUAGUCCUUAUUUCUGUUUACCCAAACACUAAACUGUAAGGGUCAUUUAGUAUCUUUGCUUUCUUUUUGGGUGCUCUGCCACAUAUUUUGGUGUGUUAUCGUUACCUGUCAAUCCCUGAUGCCAAGCAUGAUGUCAUUGACAGGACUGUGUAUGUCUUCACAGCAGAUAAUCAUAUAAAAUACUACUCCACAGAGCCGCAUGACAUCCAAAACUCCUAGGGGAUCUUCUAAGUGCCUUACACUAUAGGUAACUUCUUUCGAGAAGAGAAAAAUCUCCCGAUAUUGGGUUUCCAGGAGCAAAUGUAAAGCUUUCACCAUAUAUCGAAUUUCAACUCCCUAAUAUGGACGGUCAUUUUAUUGAAAUAAUGGAGGCUGUUAUUUUGAAUAAAUAAAUAGACAUUAAAAUAGAACUGAUGCAAGCCUUUUCUAGCUGCUUACACAGAAAAAAAUGUGUCUUUUCUGUAAGUGAAUGUGAAAAUGAUUGUGUUUCCUGCGCCCACUUCUCUGUCUUACAGGCGGAGAUCGUCAAACGGCUGAAUGCAAUCUGCGCCCAAGUCAUCCCCUUCCUCUCUCAAGAGGUAAGACUGAAAAAAGGCCUGUCACUGAGAGUUAAGACAGAGGUGGGUGAGAAAGAGGCAUGGAGAGAGAGACAGAGAAGGAGGAGAAGAGAGAAAAAAAGAAGGAGAGAGGGAGGAAAGUAGACAGAUAGAAGCCAUAGAGGAAGGAGACGUGUGUGGUGGAUUGUAAGGCUGAGCACACACACAUACACACAGAUUAUCCUGCGCUAAUCCCCUCUGCUCGGGAUAGGCAGAUAUGCUCUGAACUUAUUAAAUGUCUCCCACUAACAUAUGCAGGAGCCAGCGGCUGUGUGUGUAUGUGUGUGUCCACCUGCAUGCACAUGAAAUGAACACAUUAAACACACCUUAUAUGUGUGCACAUUUAGCAGUAGGUGUGAAAAGUGUGUUUUAAAUGAAAUGUUUGUUAUGGCAUCUUAAAGUGUGUGUGUGUGUUAAGCUGAUAAAUCCUACCUCUGGAGGAGUUAAAAGUGUGUGUUUUGGUGUGUGUGUUGAGGGGUGGGAACAUCAGGAAGGAGUGAGUGUGGACUCCAGCGCUCUCCUCCAGAUUAGCCAUGGAUUAGGAGGGUUUAGGGUGGAUUAGGAAUAAUGGCAUUAGACUACGGUGCUGCUACACAGCCCUGAGGCCCGCAGAGAGGGGAGGCAGAGAGAGGAGACAGCUUUCACUGCUUUGUUUUGAUGCACAGCCUCUUUAGUGCUUGUGCAUAUGAAAUGUUACAAAUCAUAUAUCAUUGUGCAGCAAAUCGCAUCCCCUCUGUGUGAGUGUGUGUGUGUGUGUCUGUGUGUGAAUGUGUGUUUGUGGAGGGCUUUGUUUUUAUUUAUUUCUGUCAUUUUCGGAUAUUGUCCCUUCCUGCUGCUCGGAAAUGUCUCUGACAGCAGCAUUGUUGUCACUAAUAUGGUGAUGAAUCAGUCAACUUUAUGUUCCCAGUAAUAAUUACUCAGACUUUUUAGGAGGACAAAUACGAGAAUUAUGGCUCAAACAUAAAACUGUCUGUGUGGGGGUGAGUGAAGGACUUUAAGCAGAGUUGUGGCCUCAAUUUAGAGAGUCAAAAUGUCACUUUACUAAAGUUGACAAUGAAUCCUGGGUUUUCCUGUUACACUUGUUCUUUGAUCAGAUAUUACUAGAAUAAAACUGUUUUCUGCUGCAAGUUUCUACUCUGAUUUUGCACCGUAAUUUGGGAUUUUAUGUCAACAAAGCCAAUAUGAAAUUGAGUAUAAUGCAGCCAGAUCAGUAAUAAGAUUUCAGUCUGUUUGAUUCUGAACAAAAACAAAAGGAAAGUCUUAAAGUUUUGGAGAUCAAAAGGGGAACCAGUAGGGCACAGAUGUGUACAAAACUCAUAAUUCUAGCUUGCUUUUUAACCAACAAUUUAAAGAAAGAAAAAGUCACCCUCUCAGGCAGAGUGUAUAGGCAGUUUGAUUAAAUGAUCAGAAUCUAGUUAAACUGGAAUACCAAAGAAAAUUGUUGGUUAUUAAAUCUCUAUGUUUCUCAAAUGUUAGAGUAGUCUGUGUUAAUAAAAUGAAAGCUAUUAAGCCUUAUUCAUCAGACGUAUGGAUCUUUUCAUGUGUGAGUCACGUUCAUGCAGGUUGGACUCGGUUUGUUGAGGUGUAGCUGAACUCGACGGUCAGGUUCAUUUCCACACCGGAUAAGCUCUUUCAUCUCUGCCCCACUUUGAUGUUUUGCGCUCCUGGAUGAAUCUCGCUCACCGUCUGGAUCCGUCUCUCUCUCACUCUGUACCCUUUGGAUGACUUUGCUCCGCUAGCUGUCUGUCUCUUUGGGUACCUGUCUUUUUCCCUCCAUGAAUUUGUCAGUUAUAGCUACACCAGUUCGAGAUGUGUGGGGGGAAAUAGGAUGACAGAGUUGCAUAGAAUUCAUGAUUGUGAUGUCUCUGCUGUGCCGUGAACAUGUUGAUGGAAAAACUGGAGAAUAAAAAGUGUCCUUAGUUCAAUUGCUGUUGUUUGUUUAAAUGGCAUAUUUAGUAACUUUCUCUAUCCAUUGAGUUUUCUACCAGGUGUCAGAUGGCAAAGUAAUAUGUAAAUAAUGUAGACAGCGACAAGUCAGAGGUGUCUUGGGCUCUUGUUUAAUGGUUUUGAACUGUGUAACAAGGUGAAGGCAAUUCCUCAAGAAAUGCUUAGUACAGAAUUGAGUAUAUGCUGUAGCUUAUACUGUCACUUCAAGUUUAUUGGCGGUUAAUGAGAUGUAAAGUAGUUGAUCCUUUUAGUAAUUUUGAUAAGAGCACCAAAGUUUAUAAUCAUAUUCUUGAAACAGUAAAAUUCAAGGUCAGUUUGGCUGCAACCAGCACCUUUCCUCCUAAUGUGACCAAGAAAAACUGAUUUACAGCCAACUGUCACUAUACAAAAAACAUUAAAAACAUGAUGUAAUGUUAAGUCAAAGCUUGUAUGUUAGUAAGCAAUGUACCAACCACCACGCAUUUGAAGGCAAUUUUUUUUAAGUUAGGGUGAUUGACAAGUAACAGCUUACAGUUUCAAAGAAAAGUUUUUCUUUGUCACUGGUCUUUAAGUCGUUAAAGCAUGCUGUUGUAAAACUGUAAAAAAUAAAGCCAAAAUACUCCACUGAAACAGAUGCUGACAUAUUGUUCUGAUGAUGUAUUUUGCUGCCAAGACAUGCACUGGCUGAGGGUUUACACUUUUACAAAUACACUUUUAACUUUCUGUUGGUGUUGGGAUUGGUCAGAAGAGCUGUCAAUCAUUGUCUCACAUAAUCUCUUUUGAGCAUCAGAUAACUUAUUGAAAGUAAACUUCCUUUAAAUAUUGAACAUUUGCACAUAUAAAAAAGAACCAACAUACAGUUAGAACUCAGUCUGUAGUGGUUUCGAUUGCUCAGCGGUCUAAGUGCUCCAUGUACAGAGGCUAUAGUCCUUGUUGCAGCAGUUACUGCUCUGAUUCCCAGCCAUGACUAUUUGCAGCAUGUCUUCCCUCACUCUCUCUACUCCCCACAGUUGCUGUCUCUCUUCAGCUGUCCAAUCCAACAGAAGCAAAAAUGACCCAAAAUAUUACUUAGAAAAAGAAAGAACUUACUCUCAUGGCAGAAACAAAUUAAUUUGAUGUUUGUUGGACUUUUUAUAUUUUCUCAUGACAUAUCUUAUCUGAAUUUUACUUUGGGGAUCGAUAAAUUUUUGUGCUCUAUGGUAUUGUAUCUGUUAUAGGGAGGACUUUUUAACCUUAACUCUCUAGCUCUAAGUGUUUUGGCGAUUUAUCUUCCCCUUAGGCUGUUUCUGGAUGUUUAACUUGUUUUCAGGGUCUAAAUACUGAGUUUAUCAGGAACAGGUGCUGUCAGAGCCCAUUAAUAUAGAGUGUGUAAAAGUAAGCCAUUUCAUUUAUUAAGUGCAUUUUUUCCACUGCUGAAUUUUUUUUUUUUUACAGUAAACAACUAACAGCUGUGGUUGCCAAAACUUUGCCUUAAGAAAUACAGUAUAAGCUUUUUUGCUGUGACAGUAAAAGGAAAUCAUUACUUUUAAAUUAACAACUGAAACUGAGUUUUAAUCCUUUAACAUACUCUACAAUGCACAGGUCUUUGGGAAUAACACUUUACUUCAGCCAUAAAACACAGUAGGUUACCGUUAAAUAAAACAUUCGUGCCUGUAACAUACGUUUCUGAUAUCAGCCAGUUGAAGCCCUGUUGAUACAGGAAAAGAAAAAUAUUAUGUGAACAUCGUUACUUUAAGCAGCAAACUGUAAUGAAGCCGAUGUGGGCGAGCAAAAAGCUGUAAAUCCUUGAUUGACCUCUUGUUGCUUGCUGUAAAAGCUCAAGCUCAAAAGGUCCCAUGUUAUGAUUCCCAAGUUAACAGCAGAAAUAAAGAUGUUUGCAGCCUGGGUCAAUGAACAGUUUUGGGCAUAAAGCUCAGUUAUUUAUUUGUACUCUCUGUACAGAAAGUAAUUUUUAUAACUCAUCCAUUAAGAAAAUAAAGCGGGUAGGAGUUCUACACAAACUUUCAUUUUUAGGAGACUUCAGGCUCGCCUCAGUUCCACCUGUUUGCCUGUGUGUAGGUCGACGGAGAGUUUUUCCAACAUGGCGAGCACCAUUGUUUGGCUUCAAAAAAACAGGGGGUGAUUUCACAGUGACUCCCAUUUUUUAUUCUGUCCAUGUGUGGGACUAAUUGACAGCUGCCAUGUAGCAGUUAGUCUGCCUAAUUGGAAAUAAGCAAAAAAAAGAGACUGAUGGCCAUAAAUAUAAAAAGCAUUGCUUUAAUUUGAUGAUUUAGAGUAAAAAACAAUCAAGCAGAUGUGCGCAGAGGAACAGCUGUGCAGGGCAUCUUAAUCAAUGUACUGAGGAGAAGGAUGUGGGAGGAAUAUAUUUUCUCUGCUGUUGUGAUCUCUUGUGUUGGUCUCAAGAGGUUGUCACCUCUUCAAAAAUCCAGCUGCCUUUUAAUUCUUCUCAGUUUCCGUCGAGAUUUCUCACCUUGUCUCUGCCUGUGUCUCAGCAUCAGCAGCAGGUGGUGCAAGCAGUGGAGAGGGCGAAGCAGGUCACCAUGGCUGAGCUCAACGCCAUCAUAGGGGUGGGUGGAUUGCACACUCGCACACGCUCACACAAUAACAAACACAAGAUGCUGUAAGAUAGACCUAUCAAAGAGAAACACUGACAAAGUGAGAGAAAAAGAAAUGCUAAAAGUCAUUUUUCAAGGUGAUGGUGGAGCUGAGCACUGACUGCUAAUUCCAAACGAGAGCAGAGCAGACCAGUUACCACAGAGUCUAAUCCGAUCCGUCUUAGGUUUAAUGAUCCUGAGUAAAUCACAUUUGUUCAAAGCUGACAAAGUAUCCAAACAUUGUGAAAAAUAAGCCUCUCUGUUUCUUGUUUAUACCAGCUGAGAUUUUUUUUGUUAUUUCAGCAAAGCACCUGUUGAUUGCUCUCACUAGUGGAUUUAGAGCUGUGGAUUGAUAUCAGUGGGGCAGAUAUCAUCGGCUGGGUUUACUUUAUCACAAAUUAUGACUAUCACCAUAUAGGUCAGGCUGACAAGGAGAAGGAAAUUACAAUACAGAAAUGUCAAAGAUGUUGUAUUUUUGAGGUAAUUAUGACAAGGGUUUGAUGUUUUUCCCUCAGAGACUAUUGCCAGAUUUUUGAACAGAUAAAUGUCCUGCCAAAAGAGAAAAGAGUGCCAUCUGUGUUUGGGUUGCAUGCCUGAACUACUGGGCUUAUCAGGCGCCAUUUAAAGAAUUUUUGGAGGACAUUUAUAAAGUAAAAAUAUCUCUCUGAUUGUUGUUGCUCCACUGUGUGUCUUUAAGGUAUGAGGUUAUGUUAGUCAUUUCACCUUCUCCAGUUCUUCUUUUUCUUCCCAAAUACCGUUUACAAACAGCGGCAUCACAAUUCUUAUCAUUUCUAUAUGUUGUUCAGCAGCAGCAGCUCCAGGCUCAGCACCUCUCCCACGGCCACGCCAUCCCCGUCCCGCUCACACCUCACCCAGCGGGCCUUCAGCCUCCCUUGCCCCCCGGGGCUGGGACUGCCAGCCUGCUGGCUCUGUCCUCGGCCCUGAGCCACCAGCUGCCGCUCAAAGACGAGAGGAAACACCACGACAACAACAACAGCGAACAUCAAAGAGGUGAGCCCGCUGUUUGUGUGUGUACAGUAGGUGUUGGCUUCAUGACCGCUGAAAGUCCAACUGGGUUUUUUUUUUUGGUGUGAACUGUCUUGUGAAGUUUUAUUUAAAGCAUUUUUUUUUAAUUGGUUUUAGAUUAUUUUGCCUCUUUCAACUAGAAACCACCUGAGAUUUUAAAAUAAUUCAUUGAGUCUAAAUGGUGACAUACAAUAAAAUAAUAACUAAUUACAGUGAAAUAAUCCAAUCAUUUCCCAAUCAAAUCCAAAAAUAGGUUAUAUAAGAUAUAAAAAUGUAUGCACAAUACAUAAACUUAACCUAUCAUAGCAUACAAAUAACUUGAGAAAUACACACUGCAUAAGCUUGACCUCUCUUCCACAAAGAGAAGCUGUUUGUUUAUUAGAAAUAAAUACUGGCGCUAUAGUUGAGUUAAUGACCCUCAGCUAAUUUAACAUGUCUGGAAAAUUCAGUCAAAAUUAUGGUAGACGCUUUGAAUGAACAGCAGUCAAUGCAAUUAUAAACUAAUUUGUCAUUAUGCCAGUUUAAUUGGCCUAAUAAGGAGCGAAACCCGACCACCAUGCUGUCUUUUUUCUUCUCCACACUCAGCGCACCCCUGUUUAUUCCAAGCUGACUUCAAGUUCAAGCAUUUAAUCGCCGUGCACACAAGCUGUGUUGGUGUUUAUGUUUGUGUGACAGAAGCAGAGUGUGCCAGCUCUUAAUUACCCCUUUACAGCAUGACUGUGAGUGUGCAGAAAGUGCUACAGCAGUUAACCUUGCCCUGUAGCUGGAGUGAAGCUAACAGCGGCUAACUCAGGUAAUCCUUACACCCAUUAGGAGCUCUAUCAAUAGCAAUCAAUUUCAUCUCCAGCGGAGUUUCUGUGAGCAGACGUGAAUUUGACGGAUGAGAGGUUUCUCAUUUAGCUUAAAUAUGAAUUUCUGUCUUCUCAUGCAUAUAAUUAUGCUAAAGAGGUGACUUUUUAAUUUCAUAGUAGUGUCCUUUUUAACCACUUGAGCUCAUUAAUUUACAAAGACGAAAACAUGUCGGAGUGUUAACAUUUACAGCCGAUACACUUACCUUUAUAUUUCUCUGUUCUAUGUUCCAACUCCACUAGGAGUUGGUCAUUGUUUGUCAGUUUUAUGAGAUUUAUGUGUCUAAAUUAACACACAUUUUGAAGUUUAAUUGUAUAUUCUGUGUUUCUGCUCUUUAGUUAAUUCCUAAAUAUUUCAGUUAAGUUUCAUGACCUUGGUUCAAGCAAUCUUUUCUGUCUUUUCGAAGUUAUAACAUGAUUAGUAGGGAAUUUAUUGAAAGCAAUUUUGGACUCGAGUGGAAAGAGAGACUUGUAAAUAUGAUGUACUGUAUGUAUGGCUAUGAUGUAGAUAUGCUAGUUAUACCUCGCUCCGUUUGCACUUUAUCUUAUUCCCUUUUUCCCCCCCAAAUAACUCUGUAAAAACUGCAGGAGUCUGCGUUUUUAUGCUUUCUUUUUCUUUUGUUAUUUCAUGACAUUCAGCAAACAGCUGCUAGAUGUGCUACAGCCACCAUCUGGUUGUUGUGCUACAUUGCAGGCGCCCGCAAAAACAAUUUGAAAAUAGAUUUUUUUUUUACAGAUUACAGUCACAGAAACUAUUUAGUUUGUUUUUUUAAACAAAUAUUCAAUACCUAAAUAUCAUAACUCAUCCCAGUACAUCCUCUCUUGCUAAAUUCUACAGAGCAGAGUCAAUUUACAACCAACUGUAAACCUUGACUGCUCGAUGAACCCCGAGCAGCUGCUACAGUUAACUUCACAUCUAAGCUUUCCUGCAAACUAAUUCACUAUUUAAUUAGCAUAUUCUUCACCCUGUUUCAGUUUGCUUUCCAUUACAACCUUUCACUUAACGUACUGAAGGCUGUCUAAUAAGAUUAAAUGGAAAAAAAGAAGAGGCAGCUGAAAUUACCUUGAAUAAUGUCAUCAAGCAGGAGAAUCAAUCCAAAGACAAUUCAUCAUCAGCUGUACCCUCAGCUGUACGUCUCCCUCUCAUCUGUUUUCAGUGUAUGUGUGUGUUUUCUUGAUCUUUCUGCAUGAUUAUGGUUGUUGUACAGACAUUCAUCGUAUAAUCAGUCUUUUCUUCUUCUCCCCCUCACGGCCUCCUCAGACAGAGACUCAGUCAAGGUAAGACUGCCUUUUGUCCUGUAGACUUGUGUGUUUGCUGUUAACCACUCAGUCUAGCUUUACACAUUAGGUACACAACCUUAAAUCUGGAUAAAACAGGAAUUUCAACCAUUUGCAGGCAGAAAUUUAGUGCCAUCAAAUUCCCACAUCAGACUUUCUCAUUCAUUUGCAUUCAUAGUUCAGGUGAUAGUAGCUGGGGGCUUUUAUUUGAUAUAAUGUGCAAAGACAAAACAAAAUAAUAAAGAAAAACAAAGUGAGACUCUGGCUGCAAACAAGCUUGAAGGAAAUCAUUUGCAGAAAAUCUGUUUGAGUCUUAAUAAAUUGGCUUCUGUGGAUAUAUAUGUAUAUGUUCUGGCAUACUAUGCUCCCUUAAUUCAACAAAUUUUAUAUCUACUUUUUUGUGUUAGAAAGUCUCAGUGUAGCUCUCUGUAAUUGAAUGUUUCUGCAGAUAGCCCCAGAUGUUCAAUAGUACAAACAUACUUACAUUUGGAGCUUCAUUUAUGUAAACUGCUUCAUUAUUUAAUGCCGGAUAUCUCGAAAAGGCUAUGAGCAAAGAAAUGGAGCUCAUUGCCUUCGUAUUAUUUAAGAUCAGGAUUGGAAGAUUGUUUUUCCUCCAGAGCUGUUUGACAUUUAUGAAAUGGAGACAAAGAGGGAAGAAAGAAGUGGGUGUAAAAAGGAACCUCAAAAUGAGCAAAGAAAGAAGGCGUUUGUCUGCCUGCUGAAGGAGGGAGAGAGCAAAAAAGAGGCAGCGCAGCAGAGCAACAUUACAUCCAGCACUUGUAGUAAUUAGUCCCUUAAGCUGAGCUUUUUUCCCAAGGCAAACAUUUGGUUUGUUGAAUACUCAAUGAGCAGAUUAGCAUUUCUUUAUUCCAGCAGAACACUCGCACACACACACAGACACUAAACCACUCACUUAGCCACACACAGACAUGCAUGACUUAAGCUCUGUGUGUGUGUGUGUGUGUGUGUGUGUGUGUGUUCUCUGGUGUUAUGGAGUAGGUGGAGACAGGCUGAAUGUUUAAUAUGUUAUCUCCUGCCUCCCAUGUUGGAUAUCCUCCUCCACACACACACACAGACACACACAGACACACAGAGCUGUUGGCACCAUGAUGGGAGCGAUUAGCAGUGUAUGUGUGUGUGUGUGUGCGCAUAUCUGUGUGUGAGGUCGUCACAUAUCAGCCGUAAAGAUAUAGGGAGCAGAAUGAUGAAUGCCUUUCAUUAGCGCCCUGUGAGAACGCACAGGGCCAACAGUCACUUCAUGAAACCAAUAAGCCCCUUGUCAGUGGUCUACAGUUGCCUUGGCAACAGUCCACAGGUUACAGUGUGUGUGUGUGUGUGUGUGUGUGCGUUCGGUGUGUGUGUGUGUGUGCAUUUGAGUGUAUGUGAUUUGCUUGAACAUCUGUGCCUCAACGUCCUUGGCGUUAGCACCUCACACACUGGUGAAGGUAUGUGGGUGUAGGCAGGCGUGUGUGUGUCUACAUCUUCAUUGCUGCCAAUACAUGGAGUCAAUUAUGGGGUGGUGGUGUGUUUAAGGGUUGCUUGUGUGUCAGUAGAUUAAGUGAAUUUGAUUUUUUUUGUGUGUUUGUGUGUAUUAUUAAUGUUCCUUUUUUCAGCUCAAAGUUUGGUUGUAACUAAAAAGAUUUCCUCAAGAUAGUUUCCUUCAAAGUGCGCUGGCCCUUCAGCAACAAUCACACUUAACACCAUCCUUGAUUUUGUGCUCUAAGUAUAUUGGAAGAAGUGGGUUCCUAAUCAAGCCGCUCUGGAGUGAUUUUUAAUCACCUGUUGAAAGUGAACAUACCAUAACUUGUUAUCAGUUUGACAACGUUUUUUUGUCUCGGGUUUGACCUGAUUACAGCUGCAGCAUGUUUGUGAGUUAUUGCUGGGAUGUUUUUCCUAAAGUCAGUGUAGACGGUGUGAAAUAUGGCCUUCCAUGCUGUGUCUGCUGCAGAAUAGGAAGCAAAUUGAGCCGAUCAGAGAGAUCAGAGGUGAUGGAGCCGAUAAACUGACUUGGCCUGACUGUAAAAAAGUUAAAAAAGUGUUUUUUAUGUGUGUGAACAGAGACACUGUUUUUUUUUUGUUUUGAAAAAAAGUGUGAGACGCUGUGAAACAAAAGGAGAAACCAGGGUUUUCACACAGCAUUGGCAUAUUUUUACAACUAGUGAUGUGUCAGUGAAAGAAAAGCAGAUUAAAAAUUUUACAUUCAGGGGAAAAGCUGGUGUCCAUCUCUUUGAUUUAAGGAUGGCUGCAUGUACUGGUACAUAUUCAAAUGACUGUUUUUGAAAAAGAAGCAAACCCUACGGUCUAAUCAGAAGCUGCCAUGCAGUUUUUCAGUCAUAUUUUGUCUUGCCCUGUUGACAUGGUAUUGUAGAUGUUCACAUUUCAACCUUUUUUUUUUUAAACCAGAGAACUGUUGGCUCCUCUUGACCAUACUGGCAUGAAAUCUAAGAGCUUCAGACUCAACCUUUACUGACCCUCGAAACAGCAGGGGAGGAAACUGGAUAGAGCCUUUGGUUAAGUUAUAAAUGUGAUGGAAUAAAAAAACAAAAACAAAAUCACAGUGUUUCUUUUGCAUUGUUUUUUGAGGGUUGUCAUAUUUGAAAAGUUAGGUGCUGAGGAAGUUGGAGUGGAAAGGCUGGAAGCCGAGAGUUGCUGGUUGGAUUAAAAGUAAAAGUAACGAUGCAGUGAUUUAACUAGAUUAGACUGAGAUGAGCAUGGAUUUACCAGUCAGAUUAAGAAGCUUCCAGAAGUAAACUGUAAUAAGAGCGUGAAAGAGGACCACAACAUUUAAAAUCGUGAAAGUCAAAAAGGUCAAGUUUGGACAGAAAUCUUAUCUUUUUUUUAAUAUUAUUUUAUUUUAUUUUAUUUUAUUUAUUUAUUUAUUUAUUUUUACCCUUUAAAAAAAUUUUUUUUUUUUUAAUCUCUUUUACCUCUAUCUUAUUUUGUCUUGCUAUCCUUUGAGCCUUUGUUUACUUAUAAUAUUUUCCUAUUUUAUCUCUUAGGUCCUUCAUUGAUUUUAAUGUUUUUUAUUAUUCCAUUUUAUCAUUUAUAUUACCAUCAUUAUCAUUUUAUUAUGAUUUUAUUAUUAUUACUAAUAUCCUUUUAUAUACUUACUAGCCUGUUUCCUGCUUUCUGCCCUCCUUUUCUAUUUCAUUUUAUGUUUUUAUUUUGGUCCUCAUGGUCCCAUUUUAUGUUGUAGGGUUCUUGUAUUGUCUGGGUUUCUUAUGAAAAAUGAAAUUGGCCUUCAAUUCAGAGGCGUUGUUUUUAACUGAGCUUUUGUUUUUAUUUGUUUUUAUUUUCAUGUGCUGAUGAUCUGUGCUUGCAACUGUUGUCAAAGCACUUUGUUAACCUCUGUUUUUAAUGGUGCUAUAUAAAUAAAGUUAUUAUUAUUAUUAUUAAUCUUGUUUUAAUGGAACAAUUCUAGCUGAAAAUAAUAUUGAAACAAACCCACAAAAUAAAACAAUCUAGGGCCUCACAUUUAAAUGAUUAAGAGUUUGAUCAUGUAUGAAAACAAAGCACUUUUGUAUCAGUAUUUAACCAUGAAAACUCAAGUGGAUGGAUGUUUUUCUUGGCUGCUUGGCAUGUUUAAUGACCCAGAAGUUGGCGUCAUAAUCCAGCCACAGUUGUUAGUUAACCUGACCCACUGAUCGCUGUGUCUCUUCAUCUUUCAUCCCCCUGGUGCUGUGGUUGUGAGCAAUGGCUGGUGUCAAUCAUGCUGGACACACUCGCUAUACAGUGGUGCCACUCACCAAACCCCAAAUACAAGAUGAGUCUACAUUUGCAGACGUAUUUCAAGGAACAACGUUAAGGAACUUAAUUUGUUCUUGGAAUACAGCUACACAGCAGAUGAGAGGAAAAUUAUCAUGUGGUUUUUAGCAGCAGGUCUUAAGUCAGUCACUGGUAUUUAUAUGAGUUAUUGCGUCUCUAAUUUGUUUUUAAUCUGUAAUGCGGCAUAAACAUCCACCUUGAGGAUUGCUGCCCUUGGCUUCACGCUGCUUAACAACAUUAACGCAAACGGGAGAAGCUGGGGUCAGCCUGGGCCCCUCUUAACUGCAGAGACAACAAAGAGUCAUUUUGUUUACUUAACAGCGGAGGUUACAGGUGUCAUUAUCAGGAGUUGCAGAAUCAAUUUAAAACGCAAGGCAAAUAUAAUUAAGAUGUGCUGCUAAAUGAAUGCUUUCACCCGGCGACACCGCAUGCUUUUUCACACGUAUAAUGCGUGUACUGCCGGCGGAGCCUCCAUUUGUCUCUGCAGCCAAAUUAAUUUGCCUUGAUGUUUUUUGAAAGAGCUAAUUUGCAGGCUAAUUAACCUAAUCAGUCUGAGAGAGAGAGAGAGAGAGAGAGAGAGAGAGAGAGAGAGAGAGAGAGAGACUGGGGGAUGGGGUGGGGGAUCAGUCUGCUGCAUCUCACUCAAGAGGAGACAAACACCUGAACACACUGACAUCUCAACAUUGUUUGCACAUACGCAGUACUUGAAUGUAAACAGGUACAAGUGCUGCUGGACCACACACACACACACACACACACACACACACACACACACACACACACACACACACACACACACACAAAACAGACCUCCUCUCCUCCCCCACAGAAUCUCUGUCAUCAACACUUGCAGCACGGCAAAGGGCAGUGGAAAGGUUGCACGCGUGAGUUAGAGGAAAGGUCGAGUUAAAGGUCCUGCUUUAUUUUUUCUUCUCUCUGUCCAUCGUCUGCGGGGUAAGGAAUGCCUCCCAAUGAGAGAGAGGGGAGGCUGGGGAGGAUGGGGGGAGAUCAGCAGGGACAUGUGGAACAAGAGGGGAAAUGUUUAGCUGACCUUAUUUUGAUCUUUGCUCCUCAAAGAGGAUUAAUGCUUCAGUAUUGGUAUUUAAAGGAUGCCAUAUUUGAUUAGGCAAAGAGAGACAUCAAUGCAGCAACUCUUCAUUGCCCAUUUUCAGAAUAAUGCUACUGAGUUUAAGCCACGGUGGUGUAGUCAUACUGUCUGGGAUGCAGCGCUGCUUUAGUAGUGUGCGAUACAAGAGAAGUAAAAUGGUUUUGACAGGCAGAGGAGUUUUUAAAGUGAGGUUUACAUCCAGCAGAGGAGGAGGAGUGGAUCACAGUCUUUUCUCUGUCUGGCUGCUCAGAGUUCUCCUUAUUUAGAUCACAGAGGGAGUCUUGACAUAUUUAAAAGAUCUGCAGCAUUUAGGUUGUAGCUCACUGAUGGUUUUCAGCAUUGUUCUGGGAAUAAGAUGUCAGUAAUCCUCCUCAUCAAAUCAGGGUUAGAAGAAAGAGAAAGGAAACACAAGCUCUCUUCUUUGCUUUGUCAUCCUUGUUCUUCUCAAUUAAGGUCGCAAUAAUCUACAACCAUAUGGAUCUAUUUAGCAAGCCUGCAGCACGUACCUGAGGCAGCCUAUACUGUAAUGGUUGAGUACUUCUUUAGCGUAUUUUUGAAGCAAACUUUAUUAAGUGUUGUAACAAAUUUCAGCUUCAGGCAAGACCCAAUAAAGAGCUGUUGAAACAAGUUACAGCUUUGCCAAUAGCUCCUACACAGGAUUUCAUUUUGUUAACAGCAAUGAAUGCAACUCUCUUCUUUUUGUAUUGAAGAGUUGAUUCACCUUUCUGUGUAAUAAUAUAGCAGAGGUGAGUGGUUUUUUGUUAAUGGAUUCUGCUGCUUGUUUGAUUUCGCGAGGUUCAACAGCCAAAUAAUGUCCCGGUCAGUCUUCAUUAUUUACAGAACUUGCUGUGAGCUUGUUUUCAGUGAGAGGUUCUGUAGCAAAGAAUGAGCCCUUACACAUGAUGGUAAAGAGAUAAUGUGGGUAGUAAAAAAAAACAAAACUCUUAUGUUCUGGGAUGUUUGUGGUGGAUUAAUUUGAAGAGAAGUAGAUAAAAUGUCAUCAUCUCUUCUUCUUUCUUCCAGAGCUCAUCUGUGUCCCCUUCGGCCAGUUUUCGUGCUGGAGAGAAGCACCGAAGUUCAAGCGAUUACUCCUCUGAGAGCAAGAAACAGAAGACAGAUGAUAAGGAGUGUGCCUCUACACGAUAUGUGAGCAAACACAAAUCUGACCUUUCUGACUUUCCUGGCUUUUGAAGUUUCUUUCUUAUGAGAGCUUAUUGUUUCUAAAUGGAAGAUAAUAAAGAAGGAGUUUCUGUGGUUAUUUUGUGAAUGUUUGGCUUUUUCACCAUACUUUCAUCAAAAGUGCAAAGUUUCCAAUAUGAAAUUACAAAUCAAAGUUAAAACUACAACCGUACCAAGGUUGGAGGUAGACCUGAUAUCGUAGAGGAUCAGAUCUGAACUUAUUAUGUUCACCUUUAUGGCUUGUACUUCAGCCAGAUGAGCCAUCUGGAUUUUCCGUAGUCGAACCAUUUUGACCUCUUUAUCUGAUAAUUAAAACAUGUAAAAUAUAAAAGGAAAAACGCCAGAGGAAUUAUUAAAACAGUCUUUAUGGUCUUAAUUAAAUCAUUGAUUUUAUGAUUACCUCUUUUAUGCCUUAAUUUAAUUUCUGUUUUAUUAUCUAUCAGAUAAAUGGGAUAUUAAAUUUCACAGCACUGAUAAUCUGGCAACUGAGUUUUUUAUUCUUGUCCCUGUAGUCCGUUAAUUUGUGAAAUUAAAAUAUUGAGAUACAUUUUUUUUAGGCUUAGGACCAAAAAAGGUGACAAACCUUUUUAUUAAAGUCUAAGACUAAAGCUUGUCUGCUGUCGUGUUUAUCUAAGGAGAGCGAUGGAGAGAAGAGCGAUGACAACCUGGUCGUAGAUGUCUCCAAUGAGGUACACUUCAGCAGAAUCUCUUCUACUUCAGACCUGAUCAGAUGUAAAUCAAUCUUUUUCACUGAUCUUUGUUCAUCUUUUGUUCAACCACCACAGGAUCCAGCAUCUCCCAGAGGAAGUCCCGCCCACUCGCCUCGUGAGAACGGAUUGGACAAGCGUCGUCUGUUGAAGAAGGAUGCUCCGCUGAGUCCUUCCUCUGUCGCCUCCUCCAGCAGCACACCUUCAUCCAAAUCCAAAGAGAUUAAUCUGGUGAGUCAUUUGGGUAACUGAAGCCCUUUGAUGAUGUUUCUGCUUUUCAAUGGGGCUUCUCUAUAUUAAGGUUUAGAUACAGGGCAUAAUGAGGCUUAUUUGAAAUCAAGGUUGAAACCUUUUGUGGAAAAGCAUUUGAUUCAUUUCGGCUGGAUGUUUCUUUUUUGGGUCAAAUCUUCUGUCAAAGGGUUUUUGCUGCAGAGUGAUACCUGCUCACACAAGCUUCUACACCUUUCAUGAUUAUUUUAACUUUUGUGUUUCAGAAUGAGAAGUCCACCACACCUGUGUCCAAGUCAAGCACCCCCACAUCUCGCUCUGAUGCCCCCACUCCUAGCAGCACCUCCACCCCAGGCCUGAGGACUGCACCUGGGAAACCACCAGGGGUUGAAGCCCUGGGUGAGUUUGCAAACAAGCUUGUUUCAUAACCUCAUAAUCUAGCAUCAGAAGACAUUAAGUUAUCAUUCUAAGUUUUGGUUAGCGCACAGCUUUCUUUGUUGAACUCUCUCUAAAACAUCAGGAUGUUGGAAAUGCGAUUAUUUGAAUGUUGAAUUCUAAGAUGGAUAUCUAAUGGAGAGUUUGUAUAGUCUGGGAUCAUGACAGAGAUUUGUGUUGUAGCUCCAGGUCUGCGUACACCUCUGGCAGUGCCGUGCUCGUACCCGAGUCCUUUUGGAAUGGUUCCUCACCCGGGUAUGAACGGAGAGCUGAGUGGAGCAGGGGCGGCAUACACGGGUCUGCAUAACAUCUCUCCACAGAUGAGCGCAGUGGCUGCUGCUGCUGUGGCCGCUUAUGGACGCACACAAGUGGUAUGCAAACACACAAGUACAUGCAUGUUUAUAUUUUUACCCUUUAAGAUCUAGGAGCCAAUGACACACAACAUAAUAUUAGUAGCAGCAGCAGCGGUCACAUCUUAAACAGGAAAAACUGCAGAUACACAGUUUUUGAUGAUAAGGCACUCAGAUUACAAAACUAUUUAAAUUAGAUUAUUCCAAAUGUUAGUGUCGUGAAUAAGGCGGUAAAGUCAUUGUCGACCAAUUGGUUAAUACGUGCUAAGUCGACCAAAAUUCUGAUUGGUCAAUUCAAUUUUUUUCAGCAUCGAUGUACAGUCUAUGGUUAAUUUCCCUCGAUUGGUCGAUUUUUGGUAAAAGAUUUCAGGGUUUUAGUCGACUAAGAAUUUCUUUGGUUGAUUUCAGCCCUAGUGUGACUUGUGUUUACAAUGGUGUGAAACAUGUUUUUAAAAGGACAAACAUUUGGAAAAGCUGUUGUGAAGAACAGAGUAUUGUUUACCAGACAGUUUCCAGCUUCUGUCUUUCGAUCAAUACUUAGUCAUAAUUGAUUUAGCGGUGUGCAGGCCAGAGUUUCAAAAUUGAAGCCACAUUUUGUCAUUUAAGCGCUGUUGAAACUAAUUUAUCUGACUUGUUCUUUUAAGGAAUAUCUUACAAAAUCCGAGCUACCAAAGUUCCUUUUUUUUUGCAGUAAAACACGCUGCCUUUAACCAGCUGACUUGUCAUAAGUCAGUUACCCAUGUCUUCUUUCUGAACUGUUCUGCAGGUUGGAUUUGAUCCUCACCACCACAUACGUGUCCCUGGACUUCCUCCUAACCUGUCAGGCAUUCCUGGUGGAAAACCGUAUGUUCCCUCUCCUGGUUCUUAAAGGGUGCAGUUACAGCAACAUUUCAUCAAUCAAUAUUAAUAACCACCUUCGCUGACCCUUCCACCUCUCCUCUUUCACCACCUUUUGUACCGCCACAUUUUCUUUUUCUCCUAGUGCGUACUCCUUUCAUGUGAGCGCUGAUGGACAAAUGCAGCCGGUGCCUUUUCCUCCAGACUCGCUGAUCGGCCCUGGCAUUCCUCGCCACGCACGGCAGAUCAAUACUCUGAGCCACGGUGAGGUGGUGUGUGCUGUCACCAUCAGUAACCCCACACGUCACGUCUACACCGGCGGCAAGGGCUGCGUAAAGGUGUGGGACAUCAGUCAUCCAGGAAACAAGACCCCUGUAUCCCAGCUCGACUGCCUUGUGAGUGCGGUAACCCUCAGUGAGACACAGGAAACUUUUUGUUACUUGACCUGUUAUUUAUUAAUAAAAGUACAUUUCUGUAUCAUCAGAACAGAGAUAACUACAUCAGAUCCUGUCGGCUUUUACCGGAUGGGCGGACUCUCAUUGUCGGGGGUGAGGCGAGUACUUUGUCAAUCUGGGAUUUGGCCACACCCACCCCACGAAUCAAGGCUGAGCUCACGUCCUCAGCACCAGCAUGUUAUGCUCUGGCUAUCAGCCCUGACUCCAAAGUCUGCUUCUCCUGCUGCUCUGACGGAAACAUUGCAGUCUGGGAUCUUCACAACCAGACUUUGGUCAGGUAGGAGCCAGUAGGGGAUUGGGGGUUCUGCCCGAAGUCUGUCACCAUAUCCUCUCCUUUUCACACACUUUUGAUCAAAGCUUUUCAGCAGCCACAAUUAGGGGUGUCCCGAUACAACUUAUUUUACUUCCAGUACAAUGCCGAUAUUGUAGCUUUCAGUAUUGGCCAAUGCCGAUAUUGAUCUGAUAUUGACACAAAAUUGUGCAUGACAAGGUUUUCACUCAGCCGCAAUCUCUUUUUUCGGAAAAUACUGCCACAAAGCCAACAUCACUCCUAUUCUUUGCUACUUUAUUCGUACCUUAGUACACACUGUUGUUGUGAUCAUGUGGGCUCUGCAUGCUGGAUCUGGGCGCUGCUAGAUAGAGAUGACAGAGUGGAGUCUGGAAUGGACUUCUUUUAUCAGAGUUAUGAUAUCGGAGAUUUUAGAUGCAGGCCGAUAUAACUCGAUAUUCGUUUUUUUAGCUGAUAUCGGACAGAUAUCCGAUAUCAAUAUCAUAUCGGGACGCCCCUAGCCACAAUAUAAGACAGAACUCCGUAACCAUCUAGCAUUGACAACAGCCAGUGUUAGAGUUCUUGAACCAUACAUAUGUCUCUGCUCAGAUCAGUGUCUCUCAUCCAUUUUAAAGCUCCUAUCAGGGAUUUUAUGACAUUUGUGAAAUAGAUUGAAAAUCACAUUGAUACCUUUUCAUGAUAUACAAAGCAAGGAAGACCAUUACCAGCAAGAUUGGAAGUUUUUACAUUGUAAUUUUCAAUACCUUGAACUGAUGUGAGGAGGGAGGCGUUAGCAGGGCACCUACCCCCCCUCCCCGUGAUUUUUUUUUCCAUUUUCACAAAAUAUUCGUCAUUAUUCAUACCUUUGACUGUCACAAGUCAGUGGGAUGAUUUUAGAAAUUACUGAAGCAUGUAGAGGACAAAACAAGCAAAGGCUGUUUCCAAGUUCCUCACAGGAGCUUUAAUGAAAAUAUUACAGUGCUGUCAGUGUGCAGGUUUGAAUUUUACCACUUCUCUUUUGUCAUGUUAAAAUGAUCUCACAGUAAACAAGAUUCACAAUCCCAUGCCAUAUGUUUUCCUCUGAUUUCAUAGACACCAGACUAUUGACUUUGUCUGACUGUGUUUUUCUGCAGGCAGUUCCAGGGUCACACUGAUGGAGCCAGCUGUAUAGACAUCUCUAAUGAUGGGACCAAGCUGUGGACUGGAGGUCUGGACAACACAGUGCGGUCCUGGGACCUGAGGGAGGGACGGCAGCUGCAGCAGCACGACUUCACCUCCCAGGUGCAUUACAGACUCCUUACAGCAAACACUCCUUUUAUAUGAAUGCUGCAGCAACACAUACAGCGCAGUUCUUUAGCUCGAACACUUCAAACAGCUUCCUUAUAAACUGCUGAUGGUGGUGCUUUGUUAAGUCCUUUCAGUAGCUGAAGCAAGAGUAAACUGUAAAAAGGUUUGCUAUUUUAUUAUCAUUUUAGAGAUGAAGUAAAAGGCACAGAAUUUUGAAAAAUGUGCAUCCCAGGAAAAGUCUUCAAUUUGUGUGAUUACACUCCUGAGCUUUGCUGUAUUGCAGUAAUUUACAAGCCCAGUUCAGAUCAUUUAACCCACAAUAAAGGCCAGACUGAGCUCUUGUGUCCUUCCUGAUGUUCAAAUACUGUGAACAAUAAUAAUACAGGCAGUCAGAAUUCAGGUUUUCAGGUGAGGAGGAGGAGGGCGGCAAUUGAAGGCCAUUAGUGCAAUUUUUCCUGAAAAGACCCAUUUUACAAUCUCUACAAGCACAGGAGGAGGUGAGUGUGCAUUAAAGAGAGGGAUCAGCGAGGGCAGGGCAGGCAGGGAGGGACAUGACCAACAGAGUACUUAUACCAUCCAACCGUUUCUGUCUCUAACAUCUUUAUACACCACCAUGGCAAAUUUAACACCUGUGAUUCACAAAGACAAAAAAAAACACUGUUGUGGGUUUUUGUCUGGUUCAUUAAACAGUCAGCUUCAUAUCCUGCAUUUUUACUAGUCUUUAGCAUCUGGAAAAUAUCCUUAUUAUUUGUUUCUUUAAAAAAAGCAUACACAACUCAAUCAUUCCCAACCUCAUUUCAUGAAGUGAUUGCUUUUUUCAACAGUCCCUCUCGCCAGAGUGUUGCAUACUUAAUAUUGUAAUCUGUUUGGCCUGAUUAGUAUGUCAGAGACUGAAACGUUCAUGCUGGUGUAGAGAGUAUACGGUGGACUUUCGGCAGCAGCCGUUAAUACAUUAAAGGCAACAACUAUUCGCAUGGUGAACGCUAUCUUCAUGUACUGAUAUGGAAAAUAGACCAAUACACUGUCAGAGGUAGUUAUAUAUGCCAUGAAUUUAUGAACUGAAACAGAUUGAAAUACAUUCACUGUUUGAUUUGGUUGCAGAUCUUCUCCCUGGGUUACUGUCCGACAGGCGAGUGGCUGGCAGUGGGGAUGGAGAACAACAACGUGGAGGUCCUGCAUGUCACCAAACCUGACAAAUACCAGCUCCACCUGCAUGAAAGCUGCGUGCUCUCACUCAGAUUUGCUCACUGUGGUAAGAGGCGAUGCUCCCUGUCAGCUUGUUUUGGCCUCUAUUUUUCACUGCAUUUGUAAGUCUUAAGGAAGCUUGCUUGUCGAAGAUCAUUAACUACAUUAAUAAUAAUAGAAAAAAAGGCAGGAUUGUGGUGCCACAUGGUUAGGAGUGGAUAUGGUGAUGCUGCUAAAUGCUGCAUGUGUGUAGGAGACGGCUGAAACAAAUGAGAUUAGAAAAUUUACAAUGUAAACAAGGCUCGGGAAUAUUAUCGUCAAAGAAUUAACCAUUUAGCACCAAAUGGAAACAGUCAUUACCUCUGCCAAGGAGGUUAUGUUUUCGGUAGUGUUGGUCUGUUUGUUGGUUUGUUUGUUUGUUUGUCUGUGAACAACUUUACGGAGAAAGUUACAGACGGAUUGACCUGAAAUUUUCACCAGAGGUGCGUCUCAGCCCCAGGAGGAUCCCAUUACAUUUUGGUGGUGAUCUGGAUCGUCUUCCAGGAUCCAGGAAUUUUUUGAAGGAUUCUUUAUCAUUGUGAGAUAGGGCAAAUGUUGUAAUUUUUGCAUUUAACUCUAUAAAAAUGUCCAGAGUCUUUAGUAAAAAAUGACACAAAAGGAUCUCAAUGAGUUUUAUGAGGUGUCAACGGUUGAUCCUGAUCCAGACAAAAUUCUGGAUACUGUGAUCCAGAACACACAAAAAUAAGGGUGUCGUUGGAAUUUUCAAUGCUGAAAGAUAACCAAUGGGCGGCACAGAGGUGUAGUGGUUAGCACUGUCACCUCACAGCAAGAAGGUCCUGGGUUCGAAUCCGGGUCAGGGCAUUUCUUGUUUUAGGAACAUUAUGAACAGUGAACAUACCAGUUUAAACACAAAUAAAAGUUAAUAAAAGACACGUAACAGUAAAAGUUUUGGUGUGAAUCACAAUAUAAGGGGGGACAUGAACUGCUUGGCGGAGGUCUGCGCUCUCCGAGUGCUUUUCUAGUUUUUGAUGGUUUCCUGAAAGCAUGAUGCACUAACCCCCAGUACACAGAAGGUGUUUUCAACAGCAGGAACUUUCCCCAGGAACUAGGAACCUUUGAAGGACCUGUGUUUGUUUCAGCUGCAGGAACUAGAGCCUGUGUUAAUAGCAUUUGUUUCAAUUUUUAAUAUCAAGGUAGAGCUUUAGUGCUGCUUGAUAUGGUUUGAACUUGUGUUUAUACGUAAUAUUCUUCAUUUAAGUUCUUAUUCCUCUGUAGGGAAGUGGUUUGUGAGCACAGGAAAAGACAAUCUACUAAAUGCAUGGAGAACCCCAUAUGGAGCCAGCAUAUUCCAGGUAAGCACAUUCGCCGAAAUCACAAACAGCAAACAGGCAGCUGAAAGCACAGAACAGUCUCACUAGUUUUGUUAAAAUAUCUCUGUACGACAUCAAAAAACCUUUUUGCUCUCUGACUGUGAGCUCCUGUGGGAGGAAGGUCACCAAAAAGAGUUAAAUUGCAGACAGAAGAGGCAGUGAAAGGUUUACAGAUACAAGGAGAGGCGAGUGAAUACAGCCAAAUGUGAAAUGUUGAUGUUAAAACAUUCCGCGUGUUCAUCUUUUCCUGGGACAUCACUCUGUAUCAAGGACAUGAGCAUUUGAACAAGAGGCCUUCACUGGAGUCUUAAAAAAUAAGAGACCCAAGUUACAGAGGGAGCCGAGCGAGGGACUGCACUUUACUUUUAAAAGAUAUCAGGACUGGACAAAGAAAUAAAUCAUAUUGACUCUUUUCAACACCUGCCCAGUGCACACAUGGCCUUCAUGCAUUUUCUGUUCCUUUCAAAGUGCACAUUUCAAACAUUUUGACACGACUUUUAUUCUUCCCACAGUCAAAGGAGUCAUCUUCAGUGUUGAGCUGUGACAUCUCUAUAGACGACAAGUACAUUGUGACGGGCUCAGGAGAUAAGAAAGCGACUGUCUACGAGGUCAACUACUAGGAACAUGGCUUUGUAAAUGCUGAUGACUCUCUUACCCAUGUACAGUUUUUAAAGUGUAUCAAAUGGAUUUGAAUGGAACUAACCAAACAGACUUUCUUGGACAUUUUGACUUGGAACAAAACGAACAAGCAAAACCAAGCACAGAUUUUUUUUUUUACUGAGUGGCUUUUUGAUGUUUUGAGGAUAAGUGAAUGUCUGUGUGCACCAAAUCUCGUGACUGCAUAGCCAGUGACAUUUAGGCCUUCUUUUUGCUGUUUUUUUUUUUACACAACAUAAACAUACUCAUCUAGAAAGACAAGGGUUUGCAACGUUACAACCAGGUUCAUGUAAAUAUCAUUGAUAAAAAAGUUACGGUGUUGGCAGUGUAGAAAUUUCCCCCCAAGCCUUUGGGUCUUUGCUGUUUUCAGUCGUGUUUGAAUUCUGCCGUCUCCUCCUUUGUCUUUUUCUACUUACUGACAUCAACUUGCACCGUUUAUCUAUUUAAUUACAGCUUUCAGAAGCUUUGUAUCAUGAUACUAUUAUGUAGACAAACUUGAGGUCCGUUAACUGCCAGUAAUUCAGACUCAUUUUUGUGUUUGAAGAAGAGUGUUGCUUCAGUGUAACUUACUAUUUACAGUGAAACUGGGACUCACAGAUGUUGUUGCAGAAGUUGUAACAAAUAAAAACAUGGUGAUUUUUUUCUUUACAGACACACCCAGAAGAGUGAGCUUAACUUCCCUUUUGAUGCAAACACAUGGUCUGUUGGACUGUAGAUGGAGCUCUGUGUGGAAAAGUUAUCAGAUAGUCAAAAAUAGGUUUAACUGAGACUGACUAUAAUUCAAUAUCCUGUGCAAAUUUGUAAAAUUGAUCUUUUAUUUGAGCUGAACAGCUCUGAAUAAUGUUCGGUCUUUGUCCAGCCUUCUCAUUGUUAUAUAUUCAUGUCUCAUAUCCAUACCUCAUACCAGAUCUUCUUCUUUUUAAAUGUCAUGGUGUUUUUUCUUUAUGCUUCUUUAAACCGUAAAAUAUCACUUUUUGUACCUCACUUCUACUCUGCUUAGAACAGAUUGUUGAGCAUUUCAGUGCUUUUUAGUUUAAAAAUUCAAGUGGACAGGUUACAUUAACCUUUAAAGAGGACUUACAAGCGGAAACCAUGCUUUAAAAACAACGGCAUUAUCCUUAAUAUCGUCAGGAACAGCUUGUCAGCCAUAUUUCUGAGUCAGAGAAGAAUAAACACGUCUAAACGCUCAACAUGAUACGAUGAUGAGAAGAUUUUUAAUUUAGCUUAAACUGUGAUCAGGAUGAAACCACCUCACUUUGUCAGCAAUAUAAUUUUUGUGCUAAUGGCUUAUUGCGUUGCAUCUCAACCAGUUAGAGCACAAGGAAGUUGCUUAAGUGGGCUGUCUCAGUUAAGAAGAAAACGAUUAUUCUUUACACAAGAAAAAUUGAGUGUUAGAGUGAAGAUUGAUUUUAACAUUGAAAUAAAGUCUAACCUUCUUUAUGCUUAGCUGUUUUUUAUAAGCUGUGGGCUGGAUCUUCAUAUGAACUGUUCAAAUAUGACAUCUGUAUCGAUUUUCUCGUCUUUCUCUAAGCAAAAAAAGUACUUAUAUUUCCCAAAAUGUCUCUUUUUUUUCUAUCACAACUCAUGAGUAAGGUCUGAACUCUAUCUUUGUGUGUGUGUGUGUCAGUGUGUGUUUCGAUUCUGUGGGCGGUGAACAAACUAACAAGCCCGCCCUCAGCACCCUCACUACAGUCUGACCUGUGCUCGCGGUUCUGCUCUCUGUUCAGACUCCUGCGGACGCUCUCUGGAUUCUGUCUGACAAGUUGCUGUAAAACUGUUUGGUUGUUAUUUGGAGGUCAAACAGCCCUCCAUUCUCUCUGUGGACUUUUCUGUCUGGACUUUUGGACAUCCUUUGUGGAAAAACACAACAAAACCAGAAAAAACAUUUAAUGAUAUGCUCAUGAUUUCCCUUUGAUUUUCCUCUGUUGGCUUGUAGAAAUAACACAGUGCCUUUAUGCUUCUUCUGACUAAAUUUGAUUUACCACACAGAGAUAAAAACUAAUGGACUCUGCCAAAUUUGGGCAUUAAAAAAAAAAUUAGACAUUUACAGACAGAUUGAAGCAGGAAUCUCAUUCUCAUUUUAUAUCAGCUGAUUUUAAUGUGAGUAAAUCAGGUUAUUAGUUGUAAACUUCUAAGUAAUUUGGACAAAACUCUUCUUUAUUUUAACACGAGCAUUGGAAGAACACCAUCCACAGCUGCUGUCGCUCCUGGCUGUAUGUCUCCAUUGUAUUUCUGUUGUAGAUGUGUAACCCCAUACCUAAAUGACACAGCAAGAUAAACACCAGUUUUCAAACAGCCCAGCUAUUUGAAACUAAAGAAUUACAUUUACCAAAUUUACAUAAACUUUAUAUUCAGAGAACUACAGCAGAACAUAACCAUUAUAAAUUGUUUGCUCAAAUCCAAACCCUCAGUUUAGCUCCAGCCCAUGACUCUUUUGUUAUGAUAAUUGUGCCAAGGGAUGAUUAUCAAGGGGUAAUUUGGGAACCAGGUGGGUGACUUAAAAACAUGCAAACAUAAUUAUAAAAAGAGACUGACUGGUGUAGGAAACAUCCGUUUGUAUUGUCAUUUUAAUCUCAGAUGUCACUGCACUGACCUAUAGUUUCAGAGCUAAAAUGUGCUCAGCAUCCAGAUACAUAAGUUUGAUAGUGCAAACACUUGCUCAUUUCCCUGACACCAAAACAUAUCAUCUUAAAGCUCCCGUGAGGAACUUUUGGUUGAUCAGUUUUGCUGCUUGCUGUGGUCAAAGCAGUCUUUACAGUGAAAUGUAUCAUAUAUUGGGAGUAUUUUAUGUGAAAAUUGUCCAUAAAGGGCCAUGGCGACAGCUGCUUAGCUGACACUUACCCGUCGGUUUCAGUCAUUAAAAAUUACAAAAUGGAUAUCGAACAUCUUGUUGCUGACGGUCUUGUUUGCUUUUGGAUUGCGUAAAAAAUCUAUAAUGUGAAUUUCAGUCUAUUUCAUUUACAUGAAAAAACUCACAGGAGCUUUAAUAUUAUCAUCAUUAUGAUGUGGUCCAUCUUUUGCUUCCUCUCUCAUCUGUUUCACUUGUGUACCCUCUGUCUGAUGGCAUUUGAAUGGAAAAAAAUUCACUUAGAAGUGUUAACCAGUUUUCCUUGAGAGUUUAGAUUCCAAACUGAUCAAAAGAGGAGAAACGUUCAGCAAAUAUCGGCCUUAGAGCGACCUAUCUGUCUUAUCUUACUGUUCGGUCUCAAAACUUAAAAGUACUUGUGUCAACCUGGGUCACUCUCACACAAUUAUAAACCUUUUUAGCGUUUCUGAAUACAACGGGACAAAAUUAAAACAUAAUAUAAUAUUGCAUUGCCAAAGAUAAUAAAAUAUCAAUUAGAAACAUACUUUAAGAUGGACAUUUCUAAAUAAAAGCUUCAUGACAGCUCUGUUGUGUUUUUGCAGCUGUGUCUCAGACUGUUCUCUGUAUGAGUUGAUAAAAACAGCUUGUGUGAAUAUAAGGGGAUUACGUAGACAUGACAGAAAGACAUGACGCUGCUCUGACUGGUUUUGAUUUCUAUUCUAGUCACACGGUGGCGCUGUACAUUCUGAUGUACUGGUCAUGGUUGUGGUUUGUUUUUUACAGUGGUUGCCUUAUUUUAUAUUUCUGUGUUUGAGACGGUCAUGCUCUAAAAUUCAAAUUACGGUUCAUUCACCCUGUUGACACUGACUGCUCAUCUACUUUUUACUGCAUUUGAAUGAGUAAGGAACACUGUACCCUCUGUAGUAGAUGGUGUAUUUGCAACCUUCAGCACCUCCAUUAUGGAAAAAUAUCAAACACACUUUGGUUUUACCUGCUGUAAUUUCCAAAAGUCAUACCUCUGCUACUUGGCUGACUAACAUGACCUGAUACAGGAAUGAUGUUUUGUAUAAUAAUGAUGUGUAGAGCAUUUAGCUUGACUGACGUCAUGAAGGUGUUAUGAAUUAAACCUGUUAUGAUCUAACUGAAAGUCGAGUUUCUUUCAUUAUAAAACACCUCUGCUCUCUUUUUUUCUUUUCUGUGACUGAUUUGAUAAAAACAUUGUGUGGAGUGUUCCUUGUCUGUCUCAGCUUACAACCCAAAAGAUCGUUGCUGAAGGUCAAUGAUUUGGUAUACAUGUAAUUAGAAUAAACUAAAAUUAAAGCUCCUGUGAGGGACUCUUAAUGUCUUUGAUUUGAGUGCCCCCUGUUGACAAAGUGAUACUUUUUCUGCUUUUGCUGAUAAAACAAAGGAAUUGCCCAUUAAAAUUUUGUCUUUUUUUUCUGUAAUUUUGGGCCUAUGCAGAGACUACCACUACAGAGUCACAUUUAUUUUUAAUGACAUGCUGUCUUAGGGCCCAUGUGUCAUUAGUACUUAUAUAGCUCCCAAUUCCCCACAUCUUUUAUUGUUAUUAUGCACUUUUGAAACAUCAAACUGAAAUCAUUAAAUUAUUGGCUCAUACUGUCUCUCACUGUGGUGAGAAUGGUGAACCUCUCCCCUCUUUACCUGUAUGUGACUUUGCUUCUUUUGUACCCAGUCAUUUUUACUAACCUAUUACAAAUUAACUGAAUCAGUUUAUUUAAUUAAUGAAUGAAUAAGAUGUUUCUCCAUGUGUUUUUCUUUUCAUUAUACUAUGUCUUUUGGGUUUUAUUUGUUCCUGUCCCUACUAUUCUCAAGGUACCACUAACAUCAAAUUUAAAAUGAUCAAAUUCUUGUCAGAAAACAUUAAACUCUUCACUUUCAUCAUCUGAUAUGUGUUUGUGCUGUUAGGAAUUAAAUGUAAACCAUCAAAAUCUGUUUUUUAUUGAUAUUUUACAGAGUCCAAACAGCUGAAUAACCAGCACGGGAGCCUUCAGUAAAGUAAAGAUGUAAUGCAUCAAAUGUCUCUUUUCCAAAUUCCUUGUGUCAGGUUCCAAAAAAAUUGAUUUGCAUUGGAUUUGUGCUCAGAUGUUGAAGAGUUGUAUAUCUGCAUAACAAUGGCAAACCUCAGCUUUGAUUUAUAAGUAUCUGUUGUUUCCUAUCCUGCUCAGAUGAAGGAAAUAAACUUGUGUUUCAAUCACUGUAGAAGAA